AACGGACCGCAUCGAUCUUCACUCACCGAGCCACACGCAUGUCAUGGACCCGUUCCACGGCAUACUCAUCGCGGCGGCCAUCCUCGUGCUGUUCCUCAUCUUCGUCGUCUUCCCGCUCAGCUUCCUCCGCUACUACUACUUCAGCACCGGCGCCGCCGAGGUGCCCGCGCCGAGGGGCGUCGGCCCGGAGCUGCUGGGCUCGCUGCCGGUCACGGUGUACCGCACGGCGGACCACGUCGGGGUGGUGGAGUGCGCGGUGUGCCUGGCCGGGCUCCAGGACGGGGAGCAGGCGAGGUUCCUGCCCUGCUGCGGCCACGGGUUCCACGCCGGGUGCAUCAGCGUGUGGCUGGCGUCCCGCUCCACCUGCCCGCUCUGCCGGGUCACAGUCAUCGGCAAGAUUCCCGACGCGCUUAGGCCGACGAGUCUCCCUCCCACACUGCAGGAGCCGGCGAAUUACGCCGGGAACCUGCCGGCGAGUGUGCUGAACUGCUGAUGCUCGGGAUUUCAGACCAGGCCACGCUCCGCGCGGUGACCGUGACCUCCGAUGGAGAGGCAGCUCCGCCCUUGCAACGGCAGCGCAGCGGUGCUGGUGAUUGAUAUUCCGGGGUCAAAGUCAAGGAUGGUGGCGCGACGAGUCCAAGUCUCCGGGCAUGUUCAAGAGGCUGUGGAGCUUCGCGAGGCAAGAACCGUCGGCGUCCACUACGGCCUGCUCCGGCGGCAGUGGCAUCGGAACAGGCAGCAGAUGUAGAGCGGGUAGCAUCACCUGUGCUGUGCAUGCAACCCCGAGAGCUCCGGUGCAGGUGAAGCAUAGAGCCGGGAUUGUCACCGGAUGUGCCGCCCAGAGAUCAACUCCAGUGCCCAAGCUCUUCACAUAUUUGCAUGCUGGUAUAUAUGGGACAUAGAUAUCCUUUUAAAGAUUCAGUAACAAAUAUAUAGGUUAUUUUCUGAUA